GGAAGCGUCCUAUUUUGGCUAUAAAUAGGUUUAGAAAUUCCACGAAAUAUAUAUAUUGAGGAUAAAUGUGUAUUGUGCAGCAACUUCACUCUUUGCAGCUAUGUCUGAUUCUGAUAUGAACAUUCCUAUAGUUGAUCAGAGUGAAUUGGAACUAGAGAACCUUCCUAUUGGCAGAGGAGGAUAUGGAACUGUCUUCAGAGGGAAGCACAGAGAGUUUGGUCAUGUCGCUGUCAAAACUCUGAUCAACAAUGGACAUCUACCUAAAAAACAUUUGGAUGUGCUGCAAGCAGAAGCCAAGAAACUGAUGGAGUUCUGUCAACAUGACGGAAUCCUUCAAUUACAUGGUCUAGUGAUGCAGAGAGACAAUUACUCGCUCAUUCUGGAGUACAUGCCACUUGGGAGCCUUGUUGAUUUUCGGAAACAGUUUAGUCCACAGUUUCCCUUGUAUGUGAGAUUUGUGAUGGAGGUUUCAUCAGCCAUGGAUUUUCUUCAUUCCCGCCAUCCCGUCAUUCUUCAUCUAGAUCUGAAAGCAGACAAUAUUUUGUUAGAUGGUGGUAUGCAUGCAAAGGUUUCAGACUUUGGUUUGUCUGAGUGGAAAACUGUGACCAUGACAGCCACCAGGAGGACAGAGAAUGCUGAAUCAAGUGGGCGUCGCUGCACAGUGUCACAUGUGCCCCCAGAGGUGUGGAGCAACAUUAAUACACCUUCUGACAGAUUCUACGAUAUCUACAGCUUUGGCAUCUGUAUCUGGGAGAUGUUAACAGGAGCCGUCCCAUACGGAAAUGCGAUAGACAGCUUGGUUCGUUCAGCAGUUUUAAGUGGACAGCGGCCCGAUUGUAGUCUUAUUCCAACCGGCUGCCCUCCACUCCUGACAAAGACGAUGACCAGAUGCUGGCACCAAAAACCUACGCAGAGGCCGUCCUUUGGAACCUUGAAGAAGGAGAUUGAAGGACAAUAUGAUAAAGAAUUCAAAUACAAUAUAAGUACUGCAAUGAAAAACGUACGAAGGGAAAUAAAGGAAUCUUAUCCACCAGAUGACCUUGCUUAUAUCUACACCAGUCACAUUGAUCAUCUACCUGAACCAGAGCCUUCUCCAGGUCCUUCGUCAGGUCAGCAAGUUUCAGGUCAAAGGUCAUCCACCUCUACAAAUGUGUCAACUUCCGCAGGAACACAACAACAAUCCACUUCUCAAGGUCACCAGACGCCUGAGGUCAUGGAAACGGAAGACGAAGGACCAGUUCAGUCAGUGCUGUUUAAAAAAGAUAUGACACAAGCUGAAAUGACAUUUAGAAAACUUUUACGAGACCCCCUAGCCUUACUUGUAGCUCGCAGUGAAUAUUGUAAAGACUUCUUCAACCUGGAUUCGAAGUAUAAAGCGAUACUGAAUAGUGAUAAAAAAUUAAAGAGAUAUUUAGAUGAGGAUGAAGUUUUUAAGAAAGAGAUAUUGUGUCCAGGAAAUGACUUUUGGAGAAAUGUUAGUGGAAUACAUUUACGUAUGUCAAAGGAAAGGGGACUGGCUUGGAAACAAGCACACAUUAAAGACCUAGAAAGCAUCUCAAAAAAAGGACGGUAUGGUAAAACUGACUGGGCUCACAACAACAUAGAAACUCCACGAACACAUCGAAGAGAGAGAGUAGAAAAAACCAAUAGAGAACAUCCUCAUAUCAUGGAGCUGAAGAAAGGAGGAAGUUUCCACAGAGUGAAGAAAGCUCUGGAAAAUCCUCGAAUGUUCGAGACUUUGAUGAGAACCUACGAAUCUGGCAGUACAAGUAAUCCUCUGAGUCUAACAACUUUAGAUCCAGAGGUCAUCAAAUUGGCAAAAGACCCCGUCCUUCUUCUUUCUCUCCUGAAUUCAGAGUACGGUCUUCAGUUUGAAAUGAUGAAACCAGAAAAUCAAGACCUACUUUUGAAGCUUGUUGGUGAAGCCAAACAGAAGAAUCCUCUACCAGGUGGUGGAUAUAUAACAAAGCCAAACAGCGGUAGAUCAAGGUUUCCAAUGGGAAUGUACGAGGACAUGAUGGCACAUGAUAUGUAUCGCAGUGACCCGAUGAUGAUGCGGGAGAUGGAGAUGAUGAUGAGGCAUCAUCCGCACAUGAUGGAUAGCGAUGAAGAAGAUGAUUAUCCUGUGAUGAGCAGCAGAGGUUUGCCACGCAGAUUACUUGAAAUGAUUAGACCAUCCAGAAAAGAUCCUAUGAGAAUGAUGAGAAAAAUGGAUAAAGCAUAUGAUAAGGAGAAAGGGCAAGCUAAGAGAAUUGGAGAACUAUCUGUAAAUAGAGAUAUACGGAAAAGGACGUUUCCAUUAGCAAGAAACCUGUCAGCAUCUGCAACAGUCACUUCUAGUACUACAAAGGAUGAAAUCGUGUCUUUGUCAGAAUCACCAGAGAACAAUCAAUCGAAUACGGACAUAAAUUCAUUUCACUCUGACAAAAAAAUCCAAAAACUUAGCACAGCGGAUACUCCUUUUGCGAAAAAUAACAAUAAAGGCUCCAUUGCGACGAUACCAGUCACAGAAAGCAUCCAUUUUCUUUCCAGUGAUAACACCAAAGAGGAGGCAAGUACCAGUGUAGAGACAGGUCCAGUGACAGGAGAGGAAAACCAAGAGCAGACAUCGAUCCAGACAGAAGAAUCUACAUGACAGAUGUUCUUGAUUAGAUCUAUACUAAUGUAGCAUUCCACAUAAAAUAGAAAACAGGGCCGUGUUUUACAAAAGAACUUACGACUAUGACUGAAACGUUUACAUAGUUCUAGAAACUCGUCAACCUAAUUAAUGUUGUGAGAUUAUUGCAUGCUAAAUUCUUCUUAUUCACAUUCAAAUCACAAUUUAAUCAACGUAAAAAAUGAAGAGGAUUUUGGUCGCAAGUUCUUUUGUUCUUGAUCCUUCACCCCCGUGUGGGGUUUGAUCAGCUGACAUAAAUAACUGAAAUAAUGUGCCAAGUUCAAGUUUUUAAGAUGCUGUAUGAUAUUCGUAAAUAUACCCAGCUGACCAUGUUAACUGCGAUUUCAGUCAUUAAUGAACCUAAUUGUAUCUAAUUAAGAGAAUUGUACAUUUAGCAAUCAAUACUAUGAAAUUUCAUAUCCAAUACCAACUGCUACUAGCAACUGAGGACUAUAUUCUGCUGAGUGAGUGUUAUAUCUGAGAACUGGUUACAGUAACAGUGAGGUUUCUCGGCAUGAUCAAACACAACGUAGUGCCGCAUAUAAAUGAGUUAACUCUUGCGUUUUACGCCAUAUAUUUUAUUGGAAAAUACCUUUUGUUUGAAAAACACUCAGCAACCAUUUUUGCUUUAAAAAUUCUUCUCAAAACUUUGACCAACAUCUGCAACGAUAUGACUAUUGAAACUCAAACAUCACAUAAACUAACUUUCUUGAAAUCUUCAA